CUCUCCCAUCACCCAUACGAGUUCUAACCUGCCAAUUCCCCGUCCAUGUCUGUCCGUCGUCUCUACAAACCGCUCCAGGACUUUCUCAGUUCUCUGGCCGACUUCCGAGUCAUCUACAACUCGUCAGGCAGCCAAUUCAUCACGCCAAAUACCUCACGAAUCUUCAUUCUUGACUCGUCCUUCAAUCCUCCCCACUUGGGCCACUACGCGUUGAUCAAAGAGUCCCUUUCUGGCAAGUACUUCACCCACGACGAGAAGCCAGACGAGAGAGUCAUCUUGCUCCUUCUAUCCGUCAACAACGCUGAUAAGCAGCACGCUCCAGAAUCAUUCGAGAAUAGGCUUGAAAUGAUGUACCUCAUGGCCCAGGACUUGUCCAAGAAGUACCCCCAGACCCACAACAUUAGCAUCGGCUUGACCAAGCACGCCAAGUUCGUGGACAAAUCGGUAUCCAUACUACGCAGCUUGGAUGUUUCGGCUAUCAGACUCACGUUUUUGGUGGGCUACGACACCUUAAUCCGCAUCUUCAAUCCUAAGUACUACUUACCAGACAAGAUUUCGUCCUCAUUGGAGGACUUCAUGACCUCUACGGACCUUUUCUGCUUGACCAGAAAUGACGGCGAACUGCACCACUCAGAACAAUCGAGCUACUUGGAAAACAUCAGAUCCGGCAAAAAUGAACACAUUCCUACCCACUGGUCGAACAACAUCUUCUUGCACGAGAAUUUCGGCGAUGAGGUGGGUAUGAUCAGCUCUUCCAAAGUCAGACACAGCAUCCAGAAUGGUGGAGACUGGAAGGACCACUUGAUACCCGAAGUCUCAGACCUUAUCGUGCAAGACAAAUUAUACCAAAGCAGUUAGGGUAAGUGGAAUUGACUUUCUUUGGGGGAAUGGAAAGUAAAAAAAAAACAUAGUUUUCAAUAAAACAUGCUUACUGCACUGUUACGACUACUCAAUCGUUGUAGCUUCUAAAGCUGUCAUGCUACACCAUCACUACUCUAGCUAAUGAAUA